GAUAUCAUGAUCAUGAUAAAGAAUGCAUACCUCUGCGCAGCCAAGGGCAAGGUCGAUAACCCAGAUGGGCUUUUCUAUCUGAUCCUUUUAGGCACCGACGGGCUCGAAAAAUUAUUCAGGAUUCUUCGUAUGAUGGUUGGAAAUGAUGCCAACGUCGACAUGCUACAGCUGAGCACAUGGCUCACAGGAACCACAGAGGUGGCCAACAUCCUGGCAAAGUAUCCUCAAUGGGACCGAGGACCCCGUCGUCUACGUCUCCCAGCUCUUGCUCGGAAUUUGUCUCCAGUACCCCUUAAUGAGGAUCAUCUCACUCCGUCUUCAUGGCAAGGAGAUGUGUCACUACGACGGGUGUCUCUUCAAACUUGCUGGCGAAUC